AUGUUCCUUCAUGCCAAGUCGAUAAUUGGCUUGCUUGUGGUCUCUCUCUUCAUACCGAGGAGCUAUGCUGUUGACAAGACAGCCAAUCCCAAGCUCGUCGCCGACCUGCGGUCCGCUGCUACUGUGAACGAUGUCAAUCAACUUCUCAAGCAAAAGGACUGGACAUACGACUUCACGAAGCACGAGCAUUACAGCUUCGCGCCUGGAGGUGUCAUCAACGCAAACGCUGCCACCUUUCCUGCCGUCACUGGCUACGGCAUGAGCAUGGCGAUUCUCAACCUUGGUCCAUGCUCUAUGCUUCACGCUCAUCAUCAUCCGCGGGCCGACAAUUUCGUCUUCGCCGCUCAUGGACACACAAGGACCUUUAUGUUGCAAGAGAACGGCGCGCCGCUCGUCACAGCGGAGCUCACCCCCGGCCAGAUGACUAUCUUCCCGCGCGGCUCCCUCCAUUCGAUGCAGAAUCUCGGAUGUGACAACGCCCAGCUCGUUUCUACUAUGAACGCCGAGGACGCCGGCACGCAGAACCAUCUCCACAGUCUCUUCCAGAUCCCUAUGGAGAACCUCGAGGCAAUCUUCGGCUACCCGGACAUCGACCUCAAUGACACCUUUGCUCGCAUGGCUCCGGUCGGCACGGGCGCCAUUUGGGGCCCACGGGACUGCCUUGCUAGGUGUAGUCUCACGGCCGACGGCAAGCAACUGUCAUCCUGA